AUGGCCCCGAAAGUGGGCCCCCGAAUUGACAACCGUCCGCCUUUGAUGUUUGUGGAGCAUGUCCUCAAGACGUCCAAAAUGGUCCGGGACGUGGAGCGCCAUUGGACGAUCGUUCGCGAAAACAAGGAGCUUCUCAAACGCAUCAAUCAAAUCUGCCGGACAAAGGGUUUCCUAAAUGUCAACUACAACUAUCGCGUGCACCAGAGCCUAAAUUCGACGGCCCGCGGCCGGAAGGCACGCACAAUCGAGCGUCAAAAUCAAGCCCUGCUCAAAAGACUCCUGCGCCGGAAGGCAACGGUGGAUAGUAACUUGCCACGCGAACGGAAACUCUACCGCUGGCGGUCCCCGACGGCCGACGACCGUCCCCGGAUGGUGCUAGAUUUUUGGGAACGUACCGAUCGACGCUUAUGUCAGCUGGUGAUCGAUCUGUGCCCCGGGGUAUCCUUCGGUGAGAUAACGCUCGGGCGGGGAAAAUUGUUUCGCAUUUACGACGGCACUCUGGUGGUGAUACGGGCCGGGCAUGCUAGCUCGGACGAAGAUUUGCGGACCACGUACGAAACGCUACGGCACGUGGUCAGAGGUACCUUCGUUAAGCAGGUGGUCGAUGGGCGGGUAUACUUUCUCAUCACCCUGCGCACGAUCAGCACGAUCGUGGAUGGGAAGCUACUGGGCGGUGUUGUGCCAAGUUCGAUGGAGAAACUCGAUCUGAUUAAUUCUUACGGUUCAAAGUUUGGCCGGUGCAAGGAACCGAUUUAUUUCGAUAGAAUUAAAUCGUAA